CCCUUCCACUUUGCUUAGUUAUCAUUUCUGCUGGUUUUACCUCGAAGCAAUUCAAGAAUCCAAAGUUGGGUUCUUUUUAAUUACCAAAUCUUUAUCUGGGUUUUUCACAAUUAAGUAUGGAGAAUGAGUUUUUCCUUAAUGCAGGAACCUCGGCGCAGCCGGAGUUGCAUUUUGAAACAUUGUCAGUGGUGGGAAUGAGCAGUUGGAGGUCUGGGAUGGGAAUUCAGGCAAUGGAGCUAAAUUGCUCUGUUGAUCAGUCUGUGGACUGCGUUUUUAAUCCCAAUUGGGAAAAGUCAACAGAUUAUGGUGUCCAAUUUGACUCUGCCCUGAGUUCCAUGGUGUCGUCGCCGGCAGCGUCGAAUUCGAAUAUUCCCCAUGAGAGCUUCGUGAUCAUGGAGUUGAUUGGGAAAUUGGGGAACAUUGGUAACUCCGGAGAGAUCUUGCCGCAUUCUCAGCCGUUGUUCGCUUCUUACAUUAAUGGCAAUAACAGCACCAACACUUCCUGUUAUAGCACUCCCCUGAAUUCCCCUCCUAAGCUGAACGUGCGGGUUGUGGACAAUUUGGUUAAAGACAAGCUACCCAGUUUGGGAAAAUCAAUGCCCAUGAAUUCCAGUGUGGCUGAUUUCUCCGCCGACCCCGGAUUUGCAGAGAGGGCGGCGAGUAAGGUGUCCCGCGUUUCAAGCAGUCCCUCUCUCAAGGUAAUGGGAACACAAGGUGGCGGAGUUCAGGGGAACAAGAAUUCCCCAUUGCAGGAUCGGUCCGAAGCUGCCAAUUCCCAAGAGGAAUCCACAGUUUCCGAACAAAACCCCAAUGGAGAUUCUGGCAUCAAAGCUGCAAACGAUUCGAAUUCAAGGAAAAGAAAAGCAGCAUCAAAAGGGAAAGGAAAGGAAACUUCAGUAUCCCCAUCACCAAAUACUUAUACAAAGGUAUCUGAAACUAAUGAAGAUUCAAAUCCCAAGCGAUGCAAGCAAUCCGAGGACGAAAAUGGUCCUACUAAAGCUGAAGAAGAAGCGAAAGGUAGUAAUGUGGAUGAGAAACAGAACAAGGCUAACACAAAGCCUCUUGACUCCUGAGCCUCCAAAGGACUAUAUUCAUGUUAGAGCAAGAAGGGGUCAAGCCACCGACAGCAAUAGUCUAGCUGAAAGAGUGAGAAAUCACAAUUCAAUCAGAACAUUGAAGUAUUCCAGAUUUUGUAUUGAAAACUGAAUCUAUGUUAAUAUUCAUCAAUCGGACAGGUUCGAAGAGAGAAAAUCAGCGAAAGAAUGAAGCUUCUCCAAGAUCUUGUUCCCGGUUGCAAACAACCCCUGAUGAGCAAACCGUUAAAUGUUAACGGAAAGGUUAAGAGAGGGGCUGAUUUGCCACCAGUUGGUGAGUUGAGGGGUUGAUUUGCCACCAAUUGGGGUUGAGGGGGUGAUUUGCCACCAGUUGAUGAGUUUAGGGGGUGAUCUGCACCUUUUGCCAUCUUUAAUAGACUGUUUUUAAAUUU